UACUUGUAUGGUCUCUACCCAAAUAUCAGGAAGCACAACGUGCGAAGAAGGCAGCGGCACUGGGCAAAGCAGGCGCAAAAGGUAAAUCCAUAGACGCCAAUGCGAAGAAAGCCAAAGGGGGGGCCAACGCACCGACUAACAACAACAAACAGCAACAACAGAGCAAAGCGAGGCAAGGCCAAAUAGCCACAGGUGAUCCCAAACAAACGAAAGUUACCACAAAGAAGUCUGUCAGUGGUCUGGAACUGUUCUCGCACUUACCAGUCAACAAGGUAGUACAAAACUAUAGGACUUGUGGUAGUAGGUAA